AGCAGGGGCGGACUGACCAUUUGGAAACUCGGGCACUGCCCGAGGGCCCGGGGUCAGAAGGGGGCCCCAGGAGAUGCCCCUGUUACCUUUUUCAUAGGCUUUUUUGAGUUUGGGCAAGGACACAGGGGCCCCAUGAUCCCCUAUUGCCGGGGGGCCCCAUGAGUUGUCAGUCCACCCCUGUUAUGGUAUCAUUUGAAAUGAUGGUAUGAUAGCAAUUUAUGGUAUGAUAUGUUAUCAUAACAAAUAAUGGUAUUAUAUUAAAAGAUGAUGCCCCUGGUACCUUUUUCAUAGCUUUUUUUUGAGUUUGGGCAAGGACGCAGGGGCCCCAUGAUCCCCUAUUGCCCGGGGGCCCCAU